AUGGGAAGGACGAAUGAGGGAGGUGGAGGUGGAGCUGGUUGGGGGGGUUCACUCCGGAUUCAUGGGCUGACAAAGGAAACAGGAAGAGAAGACAAAGGGGCCACGCCGCAGCAGCGGUACAAAGACAGCCCAGCAAUGGCUUCAGGAACAGCUUUGAUUUAUGAUGAUGAAAUGACAAGUUGCAAACUACUUUGGGAUGACCCUGAGUGUGAUAUCGAAGUGCCGGAAAGAUUGUUAUCCUCCUAUGAGCAACUUAAACAUUAUCAUCUUGUGGAAAGAUGUAUCCAUGUACCUGUCAGGGAAGGAACUGAAGAAGAAAUUAUGUUGGUUCACAGUUCAGAAUACUUGGAAGUUGUAAAGAGCACCCAGACAAUGAAUGAAGAAGAACUCCGAAGAGUCUCAGAAAAUUAUGAUGCUGUUUACUUUCAUCCGAAUACUUACCGCUGUGCUAAGCUAGCAGUAGGAGCAACUUUGCAACUGGUGGACUCUGUGAUAUCAGGAAAAGUGCGCAAUGGAAUAGCAUUAGUAAGGCCUCCAGGUCAUCACAGCCAGCGAAAUGCAGCCAAUGGAUUCUGUGUGUUCAAUAAUGUUGCUAUUGCAGCUCAAUAUGCCAAAAGACAAUAUGGUCUUCAGAGAAUUCUCAUUGUUGACUGGGAUGUGCACCACGGGCAAGGAAUUCAAUAUGUAUUUGAAGAGGAUCCCAGUGUUCUCUAUUACUCCUGGCAUCGCUAUGAACAUCAGCAAUUCUGGCCCUUGCUCAGAGAAUCUGAUUAUGAUGCUGUUGGUCAGGGAAAAGGAAAGGGAUUCAAUUUAAAUGUACCUUGGAAUAAGGUUGGAAUGGGGAAUUCCGAUUAUCUAGCUGCAUUUUUCCAUGUGUUGCUUCCAGUUGCUUUUGAGUUUGUUCCAGAACUUAUUCUGGUCUCUUCUGGAUAUGAUUCAGGAAUUGGUGACCCUGAGGGUCAGAUGAAUGCUACUCCGGAGUGUUUUGCUCACCUUACACAUUUCCUAAUGCAGUUAGCUAAUGGAAGGGUGUGUGCAGUUCUAGAGGGUGGAUACCAUUUGAAAUCAUUGUCUGAAUCAGUCUGCAUGACUGUAAAAACUUUGCUUAGAGACCCUCUCCCCCAGAUCUCUGGAGAAAUGGCACCAUGCUUAAGUGCUGUUGAGUCUAUACAAAAUGUGAGAGCUGCACAUAAACCAUACUGGAAAUGUUUGAUGUAUGAAGAAGCAACUCCUUUACACAAUCUUAGCACCAAAUCACAACAGAUGAUGGAGGCUGAGCUAAUUCAAACUAGUACACAUCCCACAGCAAAGCAAGCGGUUGGGACAACUAACAGUGAUGAAGCCAUCAAAACAGACCGGUUUUUGGAAUCACACAUGAAAAAAAUUCUCUUUCCAGUGCCUCCUGUUAAAACAGCAGCAGCAAUUGUCUCUAAAGCUGAUGCACAUUUGCUACCAAUAUAUGUUCAAGUGGAGAUGGAAAUGAAUGCACAAGAACUGAAAACUCUCGUCAGUGCAUUUGAUGCGGAACUUGUGAAGGAAGAGAAAGCUUUACUCUCUCUUCAGAAUGUGCUGGCUGUCCUAGAUAAAAUACUAAAGAAAAAGGUGUGCAAUGGAAUUGCAGAAUCAUCUGUGGCUUCUGUUUCUACUACCUUUGCACUAAAGCACUGCUUUGAUUUUGGAUUACAAAGAGUGCUCUGCAUAGUUGUUGGAGACAUGGAUCUUGAACUCGACUUAGAUGACGGAAAAAUACUUUUGAUGAACAUUUGCCAGAAACAACAAACUGAAAAGACUAACUCCAAAUACCAUAUUUCUCUGAACUGGAAAGAGGAUGCUGGAAGAAACAAUUUCUUUUGUGCUGUACUUGGAUUCAUUCUUCCUGUAGCGUAUAGCUAUCAACCUGACUUAAUGAUAAUAGUCAUUGGACCAAACAGGAGCCUCGGUGUAAAUGCGAUUUCUCUGCUUACUUGUUUACUGCAAGGAUUAGCUGAGUCUCGAAUUCUUGUGGUAAUACAGGACACAGAAAUAAAACUAGUGCAAAGUGUGGCCAAAGCCUUAUCGGGUGUUUCUACACCUGACUUUGGAGCCUACGCACCUGCUUCCCAAGAAAAUGUACGUGAAAUAAAACAAUUAAAAGACCAACUUCAACAGGAAUGGAAAAUGCUUCGAUGUUCAGUAAAGGACUGGAUUUCUGGAAGCUGAGGUCACGUGACUACCUUUGGGCUCUAUCAUUUAACACAUUUCAUCAUGACAGAAGGAAAAAGUGUGUUGUCACUUUUGGUUGUUUUCUUUUAAAUCAAUGAACAAAGAGAUUAUCAAGAUAUGGCCACAGCAAGAGCCAUUCACAAUUGUUUUAUGACUUUUUUUAUUAAAUAUUUUUGUUUAAAAGGGCCACAUUUUCAGCUGAGAGCUCUUGCUGUGUGUCUGCAAAAGUGUGCCUGAGAGGAAAGUGAUCAGGAACAGUCAGCAUGGAUUCACCAAGGGCAAGGUAGUCCUGACUAACCUAAUUGCCUUCUAUGACGAGAUAACUGGCUCUGUGGAUGAGGGGAAAGCAGUGGAUGUGUUAUUCCUUGACUUUAGCAAAGCUUUUGAUACAGUCUCCCACAGUAUUCUUGCCAGCAAGCUAAAGAAGUAUGGGCUGGAUGAAUGGACUAUAAGGUGGAUAGAAAGCUGGCUAGAUCGUCGGGCUCAACAGGUAGUGAUCAAUGGCUCCAGGUUUAGUUGACAGCUGGUAUCAAGCGGAGUGCCUCAAGGGUCAGUCCUGGGGCCGGUUUUGUUCAAUAUCUUCAUUAACGAUCCGGAGAAUGGCGUGGACUGCACCCUCAGCAAAUUUGCAGAUGACACUAAACUGGGAGGAAUGGUAGAUAUGCUGGAGGGUAGGGAUAGCAUACAGAGGGACCUAGACAAAUUAGAGGAUUGGACCAAAAGAAAUCUGAUGAGGUUCAACAAGGACAUGUGCAGAGUCCUGCACUUAGGAUGGAAGAAUCCCAUGCACUGCUACAGACUAGGGACCAAAUGGCUAGGCAGCAGUUCCCUAGAAAAGGACCUAGGGGUUACAGUGGACGAGAAGCUGGAUAUGAGUCGACAGUGUGCCCUUGUUGCCAAGAAAGCUAAUGGCAUUUUGGGUUGUAUAAGUAGGGACAUUGCCAGCAGAUUGAGGGACGUGAUCAUUCCCCUCUGUUCAACAUUGGUGAGGCCUCAUCUGGAGUACUGUGUCCGGUUUUGGGCCCCACACUACAAGAAGGAUGUGGAAAAAUUGGCAAGAGUCCAGUGGAGGACAACAGAAAUGAUUAGGGGGCUGGAGCACAUGACUUAUGAGGAGAGGCUGAGGGAACAGGGAUUGUUUAGUCUUCAGAAGAGAAGAAUGAGGGGAGAUUUGAUAGCUGCUUUCAACUACCUGAAAGGGGGUUUCAAAGAGGAUGGAUCUAGACUGUUCUCAGUGGUACCCGAUGACAAAACAAGGAGUAAUGGUCUCAAGUUGCAGUGGGGGAGGUUUAGGUUGGAUAUUAGGAAAAACAUUUUCAGUAGGAGGGUCGUGAAGCACUGGCUUUACCCUGACGGGCCAGGUGCCAAAGGUUGUCGACCCCUGCACUAAGCAGUAUUAUUAAAUGGAGUGGUUUGAAUAGCUAACACUGAAGUAGGAUCUGUUUUGUUUCUUUUAAGAUAUUUACAUAGGUGGUAGCUAGGUGAGCUGAGAAGAGUUUUGAUUUGUUGAUGUACUUCAAGUUGUAUGACAGAUUUCUACAGUAGGAGGGAUGAGCUGGAGUGCCGAUGAGAAGCGCAGUCAGGAAAUGGACAACCAACCUAAUUCUCAAUUACUGAGGGACAAUCUCCUCUCAUUGAUAUAUUUUGCUUUCCACAACCAAAUCUCUGUACAACUUUUCAUGAGUGAUGUACCCAUGUAUUCGGAUUCUAAUACCUAAACUGUAUUGUUAAAUGUAUUCACCUAAAUUUGGGUUAUUGCUGAUCAUGUACUCUAUGUAUCAUAUGACUUUUAAAAAACUAAUUUUGUAUUUGUGGAUAAUCUAAGAACUAUACUCAGAUGUACAGACAUUCUUUUCCCAACCUAUGUAUUAUAUAAUUUUUUUUAACAUUAGUUUUAAUAAAAUGUUUAAAUCUG